UUCAAAAUCCGCUUAUUUUACUUUGGCGCAAAGAACAAUUGCUCGCUCAAACACGCACUCGGGAUAUAUAUUAAAAACAAAAGAGGGAACCCGGCAACUUAUAUACUCACAAACUGGCAGCAACGUCGGACCCAACAUUAAUUUUUCUAUUACAUACACGCACAUUCACAUUCAAAUUCACAUUCACACACACGUACACAUAUAUAUAUACACACGCACACACACAUACGCACGCACACAUUCACACACAUUCACACACUCGUGCAUAAUACAUUUCAGCUUGCUUAUCAGGGAGAAUCAGACAAUGGCAUCGACAGCACAGCGCAUGCGCGACGAAGACCAGCCGACAAAUGUUGAGGACGAGAUUGUUUUAAAAGUCGGAAUGCUGGGUGAUGCACAGAUAGGCAAAACGACGCUGAUGGUGCGGUACGUUUUUGGCGAGUAUGAUCCAAAUAUUGUGCAGACGCUGGGCGUAAACUACUUGGAAAAGUCGAUUCAUCUUCGGAAUACCAAAGUGCGGUUCAGCAUUUGGGAUUUGGGAGGAGAGCGAGAGUUUCUAAAUAUGCUCCCCUUGGUGUGUUCAGAUUCGGCGGUCAUAUUGUUUCUGUUUGAUUUAACGCAGCGGCGGACGCUCAACUCGAUCGAGCAGUGGUACAGGCAAGCGCGAGCAUUCAACAGCACGGCGGUACCCAUUCUGGUUGGCACAAAGUACGAUCAGUUUGCAGAUGAGGAGUUUACGUCGAAGGAGGAGCAAAUGAUUAUUACGAAGCGGGCGCGGGUGAUUGCUCGCGCAAUGAAGGCGUCACUUAUAUUCUGCUCGUCGUUACGGUCGAUUAAUGUGCAGCGUAUAUUCAAGAUUGCACUGAGCAAGACGUUUGAUUUGAGACCGAAUUUUGAUGAGAUUACGGAGAUUGGAGAGCCAAUUUUAGAGUUUAAGCAGACUUGACCCGACAUUCACCAUUUUCAUAAAUAAAUAAAUCAAAAAUGACAAUGUGAG